CACGGUGCGGAUCAGUUCGAGGGUUGGAGACAGUUGAAGUUCUCAAGUUGUCGUCUCGCUUCCCUGUGGCCAAGAUGUGUGACAAACCCGAUCUCUCCGAAGUGGAGACGUUUGGUAACAAGAAGCUCAAGAAAACCAACACGGAAGAGAAGAACACACUUCCUUCCCAGGAGACCAUCGAACAGGAGAAGGAGUCUGCGAAGUGCUCAUAGACAAGGCCUCUCCGCAUGGAAACAUCCACAUUCUUCCUCCCUUUUUUUAAUUGAGUGAGGA